AUGGGAUCUGGCUAUGAAUAUAAGGGCUCAACCAAUACCCCUAUCUCUUUAAGAAAAAGAUCGCUUAGUAUCACCGAACCCAUCAAUGAUAUAACUACAAAGCAUUUAUUGGCUGAUCCAGGCAACCAUCCACCGGAAGAACAUUUUAAGCCACGUAUGAGUAAAUUCAGGUACAAAAUCAGAGAAAUAUUAUACCCAUUUGUGGUCAAUGAAUUGCCUGUAUUAAAUCAUUUUCAAAAAACAUUUCGUUGCAAGUUUUUAGAUGAAUAUUUUGUCAAUACAGCGAAUUUAGGUUCCCAUACCUUUUAUGUGUUGUGUUUACCGAUUCCUAGAUGGAUCGGAUUAAGUCGUUACUCAAGAGAUCUGGUUUUCAUAUUGGGCUAUUCUAUAUAUGCCAGCGGGUACUGCAAAGAUUUAUGGUGUUUGCCAAGGCCUAAAAGUCCGCCCAUCAUUAGAAUUACACAUAGCGAAUAUACCACUAAGGAGUAUGGUGCACCAUCGUCGCAUACAGCCAAUGCCACUGGUGUGACUUUGUUUCUGUUGUAUUUAACAUUUGUAGUUUAUUACGACGAGACGAAUUUUGCGACUAAAAUUUUGGUUUCAAUUUUGAUUUUACUUUAUUAUUUUACCCUAACUGUUGGGCGUAUUUACACUGGCAUGCAUGGUUUGUUAGACAUUGAAAGUGGUGCUAUAAUUGGCACACCCGUUGAUGUUUGUCCAUGCUUUGAAGAUAGUGUUGCAUUUAUUGGGGUUAUUGGCGGAUUAGAUUUUGGCGAUUGGUUGUAUCCACAUAUUUUUAAGAGUGCUAAUUAUGAAUUGCCAUAUAGCUAUGGAAAUAAUAUUAAAAUAACGUUAUUAAGAGUUGCAGUGGGUGUCACGUUAGUUGUGUUAUGGAAAAGUGUACUUAGUAAAAAAGUAGUUUAUUCUAUCUUGAAGUUGUUUAUGAAAGAUGAUAGAAAACCAAAGCCAAAGACCAGUGCUGCGUCUAAAGAAUACCAACGCAAAGUUUUGAAUUGUCAAGAAGUUAAGCCAUUCAAACCAUUUCCUAAGAUUGAGAUUAUUGGAAGGUAUUUUAUUUAUGCUGGCAUAGCAGUAGCUACAAAUAUAGUGACACCAUUAGCAUUCAAAUGGUUAGGUAUUUAUUAA